AUGUAUAAUUGUGACGAUGCAUUGGUAUCUCCCUUACCUUCAACAGCCCUUACCAGUUCCUCUGAGCUCUUCAGUACUCACAGUCCCAGCUUUGCAAAGCUCAACAGGCGAGAUGGAGCUGGUGGCUGGUCCCCGUUGGACUCAAACGAGCAGCAGUGGCUCCAGGUUGAUCUGGGAGACAGAGUGGAGAUUGUCGCAGUCGCUACCCAGGGCAGGUACGGGAGCUCAGACUGGGUAACCAGCUAUACGCUGAUGUUCAGCGACACUGGCCGCAACUGGAAACAGUACAGACAAGACGACACCAUCUGGGUUUUCACAGGGAACAGCAAUGCUGACAGUGUGGUUCACCACAAAUUUCUGCACUCCACGAAAGCCCGCUUCUUGCGCUUCAUCCCUCUGAAGUGGAAUGUCGGUGGGCGAAUAGGACUGAGAGUUGAGGUCUUCGGCUGCUCCUAUAAGUCAGAUAUUGCAGACUUCGACGGCAGAAGCUCACUCCUCUACAGGUUCAAUCAGAAGCUUAUGAGCACAUUCAAAGAUGUGGUUUCCUUGAAAUUCAAGAGCAUGCAGGGGGAUGGAGUCUUAUUCCAUGGAGAAGGACAGCGUGGAGACUACAUUACUUUGGAGCUGCAGAAAGGGAAGCUCUCCUUGCACAUCAACCUGGGGGACUCCAACCUGCACUUCAGUAACAGCCACACAUCCGUCACCCUGGGCAGCCUCCUGGAUGAUCAGCACUGGCACUCAGUUCUCAUAGAGCGUUUCAACAAGCAAGUGAACUUCACGGUGGACAAGCACACCCAGCAUUUCCGAACAAAGGGGGAUUCAGAUCACUUGGAUAUUGAUUAUGAGCUCAGUUUUGGAGGGAUUCCUGUCCCGGGCAAACCAGGAACCUUUCAGAGGAAAAAUUUCCAUGGAUGCAUUGAGAACCUUUAUUACAACGGAGUCAAUAUAAUUGACCUGGCAAAGAGACGCAAACCUCAGAUCUAUACUGUGGGGAACGUGACCUUUUCUUGCUCAGAACCACAAAUUGUUCCUAUCACUUUUGUCAGCACCAGUCGAAGCUACUUGCUACUACCCGGCACUCCUCAAAUUGACGGUUUGUCAGUCAGCUUCCAGUUUCGAACAUGGAAUAAAGACGGCUUACUUCUAUUCACCGAAUUGUCUGAAAAUUCAGGACCCCUCCUGGUUUACCUCCAUGGUGGGAGACUUACACUACUUAUUCAGAAAGAGACGGAGAACCCAGUGGAAAUCAGUGAAGGCACCAAUCUCCACGAUGGGCUUUGGCACUCUGUUGAUAUCAAUGCCAGAAGACAUCGCAUUACCUUGACACUGGAUAACAAUGCUGCCACUGCUAGCCACGCAACCACUGUCUCAAGGAUCUACUCUGGGAACAGCUACUAUUUUGGAGGGUGCCCUGACAAUUUCACUGAUUCCCAGUGUUUAAAUCCCAUUACUGCUUUUCAAGGCUGUAUGAGGCUCAUCUUUAUUGAUAACCAGCCCAAGGACCUCAUUUUGGUUCAGCAAGGCUCCCUGGGGAAUUUUAGUGAUUUACACAUUGAUCUGUGUGGCAUCAAAGACAGAUGUUUGCCCAACUACUGUGAACAUGGAGGAAAAUGCUCUCAGUCCUGGACCACCUUUUACUGCGAUUGUAAUGAUACAGGCUACAUGGGAGCUACCUGUCAUAACUCUAUCUAUGAAAAAUCUUGUGAGGCUUAUAGACACCAAGGGAAGACAUCAGGUUUCUUCUACAUCGAUUCUGAUGGAAGUGGACCACUUGGACCACUCCGUGUAUUUUGCAAUAUAACAGAAGAUAAGAUCUGGACUGCAGUGCAGCACAACAACACAGGGCUAACCAGAGUCCAAGGAGCUGAUCCGGAGAAGCCAUACACCAUGUCCUUUAACUACAACAGCAGCGCGGAGCAGCUUGAAGCCAUGAUAAACAGUGCAGAGUACUGCGAACAGGAGGCAGCCUACCACUGCAAAAAGUCACGUCUCCUGAAUACCCCGAAUGGAAUGCCAUUUGCUUGGUGGGUUGGCCGUGCCAAUGAAAAGCAUCUUUACUGGGGAGGAUCUCUUCCGGGCAUUCAACAGUGUGCAUGUGGACUGGAAGAAAGUUGUCUGGAUAUGAGAUAUUUUUGCAACUGUGACGCAGAUAGAGAAGAAUGGACAAAUGAUACCGGCCUUCUUGCUUUCAAAGACCAUUUGCCUGUAACUCAGAUAGUGAUCACUGACACAAACAGAUCAAAUUCUGAGGCUGCUUGGAAAAUCGGCCCUUUGCGUUGCUAUGGAGACAGGCAGUUCUGGAACGCCGCUUCCUUCAACACGGAGGCCGCCUACCUGCACUUCCCCACCUUCCAUGCUGAGGUCAGCGCAGACAUCUCCUUCUUCUUCAAAACUACUGCCAUCUCCGGGGUGUUCUUGGAAAACCUUGGGAUUAAAGACUUCAUACGAGUUGAAAUAAGCUCCCCCAAAGAGAUCACGUUCUCCAUAGAUGUUGGGAAUGGCCCCACAGAAGCCACCGUGCAGUCUCCCACACCCCUGAAUGACAACCAGUGGCACUAUGUCCGAGCGGAGAGGAACCUCAAGCAAACCUCUCUCCAGGUGGACAGCCUCCCCAAGAAGGUUCUGGAGGCACCUGCUGAGGGACACUUCCGCUUGCAGCUCAACAGCCAGUUAUUUGUAGGGGGAACAGCUUCCAGACAAAAGGGCUUUUUGGGAUGCAUUCGAUCUCUGCAUUUAAAUGGACAGAAACUCGACCUUGAAGAGAGAGCUAAAAUGACACCUGGUGUUAAACCUGGGUGUCCAGGACAUUGCAGCAGUUAUGGUAACCUGUGCCAUAAUGGAGGGAAAUGUGUGGAGAAGUAUAAUGGUUACUCCUGUGAUUGUACCAACUCAGCCUACGAAGGACCUUUCUGCAAGGAAGAGGUUUCUGCAUUAUUUGAAGCUGGCACUUCCAUUACCUAUAUUUUCCAAGAACCUUAUCCUGUCACAAAAAAUGCAAGCACCUCAAGCUCUGCCAUUUAUGCGGAUGCUGUCAUGUCCAAGGAAAAUAUUGCAUUUAGCUUUCUUACGGCACAUACUCCAAGCCUUCUGCUGUACAUCAACACCUACUUUCAUGAAUAUUUGGCUGUGAUUCUCUCCAAGAAUGGAAGUUUACAGGUCCGAUACAAGCUCAGUAAGGAUGGCCUCCUCAUUUUCACCAUUGACUCUGGAAAUUUUGCCAACCGAGAGCUGCACCAUGUGAAGAUUAACAGAGAAGGCAGAGAGCUCAUAAUUCAGGUUGAUCAAGUUCUCAAACUCAAACACAACUUUUCUGAGAUUGAUUUUAAGGCCAUUAAAUCACUCACCUUGGGCAAGGUCACAGAUAGUUUGUCACUGGACCCUGAAGUCUCAAAGGCAAAUGCCUAUGGUUUCACUGGCUGCCUGUCCUCUGUUCAGUACAACCACAUUGCUCCCCUGAAAGCUGCCUUACGCCAUCCCAGCGUUGCUCCCGUGACUGUCACAGGCUCCUUGACUGAAUCCAGCUGUGCAUCCAUAAUGGAAGCUGAUGUGAACACAGUAACCACGAUAUAUUCCUCAUCGGAUACUUUUGGGAAGACAGAUGAAAGAGAGCCUCUCACCAAUGCAGUCAGAAGCGAUUCAGCUGUGAUUGGAGGUGUAAUAGCAGUUGUGAUAUUCAUCAUCUUUUGCAUCAUUGCCAUCAUGAGCAGAUUCCUCUAUCAGCACAAACAAGCACGUCGAAGUAGCCAGACAAAGGAGAAGGAAUACCCAGAAAACCUCGAGAGCUCCUUUAAAGCUGACAUUGACUUGCAGAACACAGUGAGCGAGUGCAAACGGGAAUAUUUCAUCUGAUGGACAAUGCAAUUUCUUCUUACUCUUACUCCCCUAACCUUCCUUCCUUUAUUCCCUUCUUCCUUCCUUUUUUCUUUUUGUAAUUUUUUUUUAAACAGUCAUUUUUUGCUAACUUCUUUUUCAUUUGGAAAAGACCGCCCUGCACAGGAAACACUGACAACAAUCACAGUGCCUCAUUCUCUGCACAAGAACCUGGCAGUCACAGUUUACUUCUGCAGCUCAAGAGACCUGUUAUCCCACCCUACACAAAAUAAGAUCCACAUGCACACCUGGUUUCUGCUGUGUGUUCCUGGAUAUUUCAAAGUCCCCACAUUUAUUUUGGUUUUUCUCUGGACCCAUUUAAUUCAUCACUUUUACACUAGAGCUGGACUAUGUAAAGUAAAGUAGCUGAACACGUAGCUCUACAGAUACUGGGACAGGAUAGAGGGAAAGAACUAGACCAAAAUGCUUGGUUUAUUUUACUGGCUCAUUUACAGCAGUCAUAAAGAACAGGCCAAAUUCUCAAAUGAUAUGAAUUGAUAUAUAUCUAUUGAUUUCAAUGGUGUUACAUUAAUUUAUACCAGUUGGGAAGCUGGUAUGAGGUAAGGGAAAAGAAAACUGUCCUCAUUAAGCUCCUUCCCCCAACCUCCUGUCCUUUUACUGUAACUUUUAGGCUUAUCGGUACUUUUCCAACAAUAUAUGUAUCAACAAUAAAUGUCAUUCCCUGCACCUCUUUCACCUCCAUCUCAUAAGGCUGGCUAUGUAGACCCAACGUACUCUAGCGUAACUCUAGCUGAAGCAUGGAAAAUAGUAGCUUGAAUCUCCAAGGGUUUUAGGAAGCUGCUAGGACUUAGGUGCUCUAUAUUUGUCUGAAAUGUUAGAAAUGCAGCAUAUACCUGUUCAUGCCAUAUGGAGGAUUAUCACAAGCUGAGGUUAAACACUGUUGCCACUGUGGCAAAGACAAAGUACAUAGACGAGAAAAAACAAAAAUAGUUCAAUCUUAAACAUGAGUCACACCUUCUGCCAGUUCUUCU